AUGGCUCCCAGCCUGUGGUGGCUGGCGAGCCUUCAGGGUGUUUACGGAGUGGCAUACAACCUCAGUGGCAUUGCACCAUGCAUUGUCUUCUUAACAUCGUGGUUUGAACAGCAGAGAGCAUUGGCCAUUGCCAUCCUAACAACUGCCUUCAGCAUGUCUGGCGUCUGCUUCCCUCCCCUGAUUGGGAGCCUGAUCCAACAUCACGGGUGGCGCAUGGCCUCGUCCUUGGGGCCUGUUCUGAUGGUUUUUCUGGUGCUUCCGCUCGCCUUCUUGGCCCUGCGUGACGGCACCCUCCUGCGCCCACGGAGCCAAAGACAGCAUUUCCAGGUCGUGCGGCGGCCUGGCGAUGACAGCGAGGAAGUAGAAGAUGACCAAAGUACGCCCCGAGAGCCAGGACCCCGAAAUCCAAGCUCUUUGAACUUCCAGCAAAGCCUCCGGCUCGGGGCGGUGUGGCACCUGGCCUUCCUGUCACUCUAUCAGCUCUACAUUAUCAUCGCUCUACUGAAUACCUUGGUCCUGUACCUGAAGACAGACGUUGGGAUGAGCGUCGAGCUUUGCGGCCUCUACUCGUCUGUUGUCUUUCAGGCCUCGAUUGCGGCCAAACUUUUGGCUGGGGCUGCCAUGGACGCUCGUCCGGCUUUGACAGGCAUGGUCAGCUGCUUCGUGCUUUUGAUCGGGACCCUCCUCCUGCUGGACUUUGCAAAAGGGGGGCGGGCCCUGACGGCCAAUCACAACCAGCUGAUGGCCUUCGCAGUGAUUUAUGGCCUUGGCUUCGGGGGUUCUUACAGCGUGCUGUCAGCCAAGCCUGCCAAGAUGUUCGGCAAGAUGGACGACUUUAGCAAGCUCCAGGGCUUCUUCAUGCUCUUCCAAGUCAUCGGUGGUUUCUUGGGCACGCUCGUCACGGGCAAGCUGCGUGCUCUGACGGGAAGCUACACCACCUCUUUCCACAUAUACAUUGUCAUGGCAUUCAUGGCUUGCUUGCAUUACAUUGGCCUUGAGUUGUCCAAAACGUCCCGAGAGCUCAGGGUCCAGGUCAAUCCUGAGCGGCUCUGA